AUGUCCUCUGGAAAUCUCAAAUCUCUUAAGGAACGCUUUGACCAACCGACAUCAUUGGUCCACCCCCAGGCCCAACAUGAUUGGCUUAACCUCCGAUUUCAAGACUGUAAGUAUGUGACUGAAUACAACUUCGCCCUACACAAAAUUGUGUCACAACUGAAGCUCUGUAAGCAGACAAUUACGAACGAGGAUUUGAUUGAAAAAACUUUAUCCACGUUCCAUCCAAAUGACCUUGUGUUCCAGCAGCAGUACAAGAAUACAAAGUAUACUAUGCAUUCAGAGCUCAUUACGGAUUUACUGGUGGCUGAAAAGCAUAGACAGUUAUUGAUGCAUAAUCACAAUGCGCGUCCAACCGGCGUUGCACCUGUGCCUGAAGCACACACUGUUGCCCAGCAUAGCAACAAUCUGCGGGGUCGAGGCCAGGGAAGGGGCCCAAAGCGAGGUGGCAAAGGGGGAGCUAGCAGUAGUGACUCUGACCAAGCAAGUCACAACAUAACUCCGGCUUACCAAAAGAUGCUCCAGCAGGAAGAAGGACAAAAGAAGAAAGAUUCUGGACAAUCAUCUUUGCCUGAAGCAAAUGCCCUCAUCUUAGGGAAUGAUGACCUGCUAGGCGAAGAACUAGCUGAUUAUGGAGAUUAG